AGGGUUUCUUCCAAGUGUGCUUCACAAUUGGCGGUGCUUCACAAUUGGCGGUGCUAUUGGUGGUGCUUCCGUUAAUAUUAGCAUUUUAACACAUAGUUUUCUGUUCAGGUAGUAGUUGUUUCUGAAGUCUCAUGGCUGAUCAGCAAGCAGUUGAAGGGUCAAGCACAAGUAAUGAUUCUGGUGGAAGUUCUGAAUCAACCGUGAUGCUCAACAUCAAGACCUUAGAUUCCCAGACGUAUACCUUUAAUGUGGAUAAGAAUUUGCAAGUUUCAGCCUUGAAGGACAAACUAGCAAGUCAGAUUGGUGUACCUGUUGAGCAGCAAAGACUAAUUUUUAGGGGCAAGGUCUUGAAGGAUAAUCACCUUCUUUCUGAAUAUCAUGUGGAAAAUGGGGACACACUACAUUUAGUACUGAGGCAGUCUCAAUCACAAGCUCCAUCAGGUAGCAGCACUGGAGAAGCUACUAUUAACAAUGUUAACAGAGGACAAGAGCCUCAGCCCACUGCUGGAGGCUCACGGAAUCGUGUCGGGCAGAUUUCACACAGUGUUGUCCUUGGAACUUUUAAUGUUGGAGAUCAGGGGGAAGGACUUGUUGUGCCUGAUCUUAAUCGGGUUAUUGGGGCAGUUUUAAACACUGUAGGGAUUGGGAACAUGACUGGUGGCCAGCUUCCUGGUGUGCAGGUCAGUGUUCCAGUUCCUCAAUCUCAAGCAAAUGAGAGUCUAAGUCAGUCAGGAAGUCAGCAAUCUGGGCAGGCAUUUUCUGGUCAAUCUUUACCGCAAGUAGUACAAAUCCCAUUGGGGGCAGCAAUAGCUGUCCCCUCGAUUAAUUUGCCCCUUUUUGAUUCCUUGAUCACGCUUUCUGAAUUCAUGGAUCGGCUGGAGCUUGUAUUCUCACAGAACGGUUACCCACCGAACCAGUCACCCAAUAAUGCGGGAGAUCCACCUGCAGUACAGUUGCCUACACAUAAUCGUGGCUUAUCGAGUCCAGAGGCGUUGAGCCUUGCGCUGCGUCAGGCAGAGCGCCUCUUUGGGGGUCAAGUCAUUGCGGCAUUAUCUCACUUUGCAGGACGGUUGGAACGAGAAGGGGUCUCCAGUGAUCCUGCAUUAAGGGGACAGGUGCAGACAGAGUCGGUGCUAAUUGGUCAAGCUAUGCAACAUUUAGGUGCCCUUCUAUUAGAGCUUGGAAGGACGAUAUUGACUCUCAGAAUGGGACAAUCACCUGCUGAAUCUUCAGUAAAUUCUGGUCCUGCUGUUUACAUAUCUUCCACAGGGCCAAACCCCAUAAUGGUUCAGCCUUUCCCCCUUCAAACCAGUUCACUCUUCGGUAACUCAGCUGCUGUUCCACCUAACCCUGGUACCUUUGGCGCUCUUGGGAUUGGUAAUGCCCCAAGGCAUGUUAAUAUUCAUAUACAUGCAGCGCCUAUUAUUUCUGCAGUUGGUACUAGGGCGACUAAUGGAGAUGGAGCACAUGGUGAGCGUGGUAAUGGAACUGAUUCUGGCCAAUCAAGGGUUUUGCCUGUUGGAAAUAUAAUGGCUACAGCUGUGCCACCACAGCCUGCUGUUAUCUCAGUCUCUAGUAUGCCACAGCCUGGCCAAUCAGACAGCCCAAGUGGCCAAGAGCGCUCUACUGUGUCUGGUGCUGAGAAUGAUACUGUUACCACUCAACUAGAUGAGACAUCUGCAAGUGGGAUGACUAUGCCUGAGCCUCUACUGGCGCACAGUGUUCCCGGAAAAGAGGAUAAAAUGAGUCAAGGUCAAUCAAGCAAAAUGUCUCAUACUAAGCCAGAAGCUUCAGCCAGUGCAGGAGGAGCUCAAAGGUCUGGUCAGGAGUUAUGUAGUCCUGAUGAAUCGUCAUCUGUGCCCCUUGGAUUAGGGCUCGGGGGUUUGCAGCCGAAGAGACGAACUAAGCAAUCUGUUGCUCAUGGAAUUAAUGCUGAUGGUUCAACUAGCAACAAUCCAAAUGAACUACCUAAAGGAGAUGAGCAUCAAUUUUUGCAGUCUCUUGCAGCCAGGGGAAAUGAGACUGCUAUGCCCUCAGGGACACACUCAGAUAGGAGAGUUAUGGGGACUAUUGGCACAGGAAACCGAAAUGUUGAUGGCCAAUCAGAGACAGCGGAUGCAAUGUCUGGUAUCCUUCAGAGUCCUGCUUUAAAUGGUUUGUUGAGUGGGGUUUCACAACAAACUGGGGCUGGCUCUCCGGAUCUCUUGAGGAAUAUGAUGCAGCAACUCACUCAAAGUCCAGCGAUGAUGAACACUGUUAGUCAGAUUGCCCAGCAAAUUGACACCCAGGAUCUUGGAAGCAUGUUUUCCGGGCAAGGUGGUGGUAUGGACUUGUCUAGGAUGUUUCAGCAAAUGAUGCCAAUUGUCUCUCAAGCUCUUGGUGGCAUUUCAGCUGUACCUCAACAAAUUCCUAAUAAUGCACAGAGGCCUGGUGAGAAUGCCGCGGUAAGAGGGGCAACACCAACCGGUGAAAAUGUUCAGAUUGAUCUUCAUGAGGUUGCUCAGGGAAUCGAGAACAAUAGUCCACCUGUAGAGAUUCUUCGUUCUUUGAUCCAAAGUACAGAAUCUUUGCAUCACAAUGGAAGUACUGAUCAAAGUCUAGCUGAUGAACUGUCCAGUGAAGAGGACCUAACCAACGAGUUCAUGCAGAUGCUGCGUAAUGAUGUUUCUAAGCGAUUCCAGGAUAAACAGGGGCAAUAGGGAAUAUACUCUUUCUUUUUUCCUUCUCAUUUUCUGAUUUGUUUCUAAAGAAUGUCAAGUUGCCGAACAUUAUGAGUUCUCAAGUAGGCAAACUGCUGAUUACGCCCUCUCCUCUUUUUUGGAUGUCAUGGAGGGGGAAAACACAUUAUACUAUUCCCGUGUGUAUACCUAUGGGAUAGUUCAUCCAGCGGAUGGGAACUGUAUUUUCUCAGUUUAGCAAUGGUAUUUUAUUCCAUGAA